ACAUACUCAGGUGACCCAAAACAAAUCUAAUUGACGUACAACUUUGUACAAUAAGUUUAAAAUUUUAAAGAAAAAUAGGUUUCGCUCAGUGCGGUAAAUCAUUUUUGGGUAUUCCGCCUAACUUCAGCUGUAGAAUAUUUUGUCUUUAUCAACGAAAAAUCUACAUUUCACUUCGUUUUGGUGAAUGCCAAAAUUGCAAGGAAAUUUGUUCAUCACCUGCCUUUGCACAGCGUUGGCUUUUGCUGCAGAAUUCAUUCACGAUGAACAGAUUGAACCUCGCGAACUGUCAAAAACUGAAACCGAAACAAAAAGUUCGCGGCCGAAAAAUAUUGAUUGCCUUCAGCGCACAUCGAAAGUUAUCGGUUCCUGGAAGUUCAAUCCGGAUAUCUGAAGUCGUUGGCGACUGUCCUCCGCAACAAAUAAUUAUUCAGCAAAGAAUAAAAAUGACACAGAUGGCUUUUAAACUUUGUGACCAGGUGCUGAACGGCCUUGGACUGCUGACGUACUUGUUCCGAAAAGCGCUUAGCCCAACUGCCUCCUACUUUCACUUCCCUUUCAAGCCGUUGAGUGGAAAAGAUCAUCAAUCAGGCGAAAAAGCGGCCUAAAAUAUUGAAAGUCCCAACGAAAUACAAGUUUUUUUCCGUUCCCAAG